AUGCAUCAACGCUCAGAUCUCGACCAACGCGCGGAUGACGACUCGGACAGUAUCUCAUUGACGUCUAUUGAUGACGACGUUCAUGAUCCUGACACAGAGUUUGUUGUCGAAGACAUCCACUGUGAGCGGGUCGACCCAGCAGAUGGCAUCUUGAAGUAUCUCGUGGAGUGGUCCAACUUCCCAAUCGAUGAAUGCACCUGGGAGCCCGUGUCUGGGAUUUCUGAAAUCUUGAAAAGGUCGUGGGAAGACAAAAAGGCCACACAAGACCCUCGCAUUGCUGAGGAGUACGAGCGGGAGUAUGAGGACGCUUUCAACAAAGUUCUGGAUGAGCGACGUGAACUUCAUCGACGAAGAAACGUAAAACGGAGGAAGCUAGGUUUGGACGAAACCAGAUUUUGCUUCCGAAAUCAUUUCUACUCGGAUACUGAAGACGAUACUGAGCUGCCGGACGAGGACAACAACGACUCACGGAGCGAGUCUGGUGCGGCAGCUAAUUUUCGUUCCGAAGAGGUUCAAGAUGGUGGCACGAUCGACCACAAAGCUGAAAGUAUUGUGCCGUCAAAGAAAGUGUUAUCUCCAGUCCAGACUCAAAAGUCCAUGCGCCCGAACAAAAUCUUCACGGUCGACCCCUCAGCAGCUCAGGCAACGUCAAAUAAAGGAAAGGACAAGAAGCUGUCGCGCCCAAAAUCACCAGCCACAGCCCCGACAAAUGCCUCCAUAGCACCACCCAAGGCUAGAUCAAACUCGACUGUCUCAAGCCGACAACGAGACCAGCCAUCGGCCACAGGAUAUCAAGGCUCAGCUCGCAGAGCAAGUACUGGCACCGUGCAAGCCAAAACCACUCCACGCGGCACAGGUCUAUCUGGCGAGGCUUCAACCAAAACUCCGGCGAGCACUCCUACUCUUGUUAGGAAGGGUCUCACUGCUAAGAAAAGUGGGAAAGUGCCAAUCGCUGCAACCAACAUCUUCACUGACGGGAGGAAACGGCAGCCGAGACAGAAUCUCGCAAGUGCAAUGGUCGACCCCAGCAAAGAUCCAAAGUUCUUCAAAUUGCAUAGGUUCCGGCGCAAGGCUGAGUUGAGAUCUAGAGAUCACGACGAUCAGGCACCGGAUGUCAGCAAGGUGGCAGAUCAAUUGUUCAGCAUUGGUCAUAUUCCUCCUCCUAGGCAGACGUCGGCCCAGAACACGAGGCAGUCUGGGGACGGUGACGGCAUGGCUUCCAACUUGACGGACGAGGCCACGAUCAGGUCCAACAGCACGCCUUCAGCCGGCAUUCGCCGAAGUAGCACCUCGGCCAGCGAGCCAAAAUCCGCGAUACUGAAGAGAACAUCCUUCGACUUUGAUGCCGACCGCUCCAAGAAAAAGGCUAAGACUGUCCGCUUUACUGGGGAGGACGGUGAUCCCUUCGUGAGCGAGCCAUUGGGUCUCGAUGAGACUCCAAUUUCAACAAGCAGGAUACGUUCGCCUCCUCCGCCGCCGGGGUCGCCAUCGCCUCCGCCUGAACCCAAGACGAAGCUAUCACUUGCCACAUACCACUUAAGAAACGUGCAGAACGUGGAAAAGAAAAUCAUCCUGGCCACAGGAUAUCGUUCGCUUGAUGUCACCUUCCAUAAUGUUCCGAAGGAUAGUUCUCGCGAGGCAGACCAGCAAUGGCUGCGGGAGUUCUGCGACGCAGACCGCCUUCAAUUCAGACAUACAGUCCUCGCCGAGUCAAUCAUUGAUCAGCUGAGCCAGCUAAGAAGCCAGGACCCCUAUAAUCGCCGUGCUAAUGACGUCCUCUGCUCUGGCAAAGUUACUUCUGCAAGCAGACAAAAGGCCGUGUUUCGCAGUCUUCUUGGGAUGCAGUACGAAAGACUUGUAGCAGGGCCCUCUGAGCGGAGAGAACAUCAUUUCUUCCUCGCGUUCCCCGACGCAGCGCUUGAUUGGUACAGGUCCAUCAGCACCUGGCUGUAUGCGUGCAACCCUGACUGCAAGAUCUUCACAAGUUGGGAUCCUGGCAGUUGGUCUGCAUUCCUCGAGAAAGCCAACAACCAGUGUGGUGUCGUCGUGAUACACGAGGCAGUUGUCGAUUAUGUCCGGCGCUUUCCAGCCGUUGCUGAAAUACUGCAGAUCGACAAGAACUACAGCUUCUGGCGCUUCUCUACUACCAUGGGUUUGCAGCAGGUGCAGUCUUCCGAAGGAUCUACAACGCGGUUGACUCCGGACGUCUUUUCACGGCUGUUCCCCAUUGGGAAGGCCAUAUUGGUAACGCCGAGUUUCAUCGUAUCUGAGCCCCAAAAAGUUCUACAGCUGUUUGAGUGGUUCUUCGGUAAUCAGACCAUGUACUCCUCCAACAAGCUUGUUACUGCGUACAACAUUAUCGAUUUCCUCCGCGAUCUGGCUGGUGAGGCGAACCAGCUACAGACAACGUUAAAGCAACAGCGAGGGAAGUACAUGAGUGAAUUGGAAGCCGCCGAUCAGAGAAAUGCUGCUGCUCUGAGUGACCAAGAUCUAAUUGCAAGGGCAAAGGCUUGGAUCAUGGCCGAGGACUGGCUGUCCGUCAGUAUGGAGAGAAAUGGGAUCUUGUCCGAGGAGAACCAUGUGAUCUUCGCUGAUCGGUCUAUCGACCAAAAUGAUGAGCAGAGCCUCGUCAACUGGUUUGGUUGGUGGUCUUUGGCAAAAGUCGACAAGUACCGCAAAUUCUACGUCCUUGGGUCUUCCCCCGCGGUCAAACAGACGAGACAGAACGGCAUCGAGCCACUUUCAAGGGCCUGUCGUUCUGUGCGCAUUCCCAAUUACGAGCGUUCUGUCGUCAACGAUCCGAACGAAGCCUUGCGGAUUGCAAUGAAGGGACCCAAUGAAGCGACAGACAGUGCGCCUGCCAAUGACGAUGGCAGACAGAUCGGACGGAGGCCAACUUUGUCAUUUCAGAGCCAGAAGUUUGCAAACUAUGACCAUAACAUUCAACAUUUUCUGCGCAACAAAGAUAAGCCCGGUUCGGUCAGAAUCUACGGAAUCCCAGUGUCAUGGGCUGACGUCGGCAUGGCAGACCAUUUCGGUGAUCCUAAGACGGAGUUCGCGACACUCAAACAAUGGUUUUCAUGGCCUUAUCCUUGGCUUGGAGAUUCACAUCAGACCUUCAAUACUUACAUUGCGUUCUUCUAUACAAUCGAAGAAGAAUGGGAUCCCAGCAAAUUUCCAAGGGGACUCAAGCCUAAACGGCACCCGUGGCUUGUGAUAUAUCGCCCAUGGGAGCCUCACGUCAAAUGGGAAAGAUAUAGGCACGGGAAAAUGGAGCUCAUUUUCUGGGACGUCCGUGCAGGAAAUGAGCUUGAGAACAAUCACUCACUGCGAUUAUCUGAUUUGAAUUGGAUGCAGCGAGAAGUGGUCAAGUUCAUGCAGGCGCAUGGGGCGGAGAAGAACCCAGGCUCUAGAAUCGAUAGAGUCUGGCUGGGUGGUUUCCGAACCCACCUGCAGCGGCUAUCUUCUACGCUGCCGGCUGAUAUGACGGCAGAGUUCCUUGAGCCCUUGUCAACCUUGUCGGAACUUAAGUGGAUGGUGCCUUCUUCGGACGGCUUCAUGCGACAAAACGGGUGGCGAGAGGUGUCCUUGACCCAGACUUCAACGGAGCCAAGGGCCGGCUUGGGCAACACAAAUGCCUUCGGUCGAGACAGCGUAGACGACCAAAACGACGGCGAGUACGAUGAGGAAACCCGCAUCAUCUUCCAUCCACCCCGCGGCUCCGCGGCGGUUGGACCCCCACACUCGUCCAGGUGCACCAACGACCUCUUCGAACAGGCUCGACUGGCACGGCUACGCGACAGCAAAGUCACCACGAUGAGUUACACUUUCAAACCGACCAUGGAAUGGUAUGCGGACCUCGUGGCUGAGGGCCGGCAGUACGAGCAUAUCUACGUGGACCGUUGGGAGAAGGUGUUUGACCAGUUAAGGAUCGGCCAGAAGCGGCCGAGGCAGGCAGGGUCCAUAUCCCGCAAGGGCUCUGGGUCUAGCACCCACAGCAGCCCUAUGGAUAUGAGCCCUGUCUAG